GCACAGCGCACUCAUGGGCGUAAACGUGCUAACUGGAACGCCAAGAACUUGCGUAGUAGAUCACUGUUUGAGGUCGUGACGCGUGCGCCAUCGCUGCGCCGCUGGAAGGCCUCUGGCUGUCAGAUCUGCAGUCGCCUCCCGCAGCAGAUCCAGCGCGCGCGAGACAAAAUACGCGAUCGAACGCACUAAACAAUGCGCGCGACGCUGCUCCUCCGAAACCUCGCGCGCACCUCCGCGCGAAACGGCACCGCGGCGGCCCGGGCCGCGGCGGCCGCGCCACAAAGUUGGCGGCGCUUGGCCACGUCUCCGCUCGCCACCGACGCCGUAAACCUGGACCUCUCGCAAGCCAAAGCAUUGACCUGCCACAACAUGAUGUGCGAGCACGUCGGCGAGCCGUGCGGCUGCAGGAUCGCCGCGUUCCUCGAGCGGCGGAGCUUCCCGAAGCUCGAGACGCUGUCGCUCCGCGGCGCGGGGCUGCGGGCCGUGCCGGACGCGGUACUAAGGCUACCGUUGCUCCGGGAGCUCGACCUGUCGCGCAACGAGCUGCUGCGCGCGCUGCCCGACGACCUCGCGGCGCUGGAAAGCUUGGAGACGCUCGACGUGACCGAGACGGCGCUCGAGGCGCUGCCGCCGCGUUUAUUUGCACUGCCGCGCCUGCGCCGCGUCGCCGCCGACGCGGAGCUUCUCGUCGCGCCGGCGGGCUGGACCGCGGCGGACGGGGCGCUCGAGCGCUGCGUUGUCCUCACGGCGGCGGCGCGCGCGCGACCUUUCGCGGCGCCGCGACGAGCGUUCGGGACCAGCGCUGCACAGGCCGCAGAAAAUGCCGCGGACGUGCGCGACCUGCUGCGGACGCGGCUCUCGCUGACCGAUGCGGAGGUGGAUAGAGUGGAGCGGCGUCGACCCGCGGGUGCCAGAGCGACCGUGGAGCCGAAACUUGCUUGGCUGCAGUCGCGCCUCGAGCUGGACGCGGCGCAGUUAAAGAAGAUAGUUGUGAAGCAUCCGCAUCUGCUGCGACGAAGCGUCGAGAGCAUGGAGUCGAAUUGCGACUGGCUGCAGCGACGCCUCGGUCUGAACAACGCGGGACUGAGGAAGAUGGUUCUGAGGCUUCCGCAACUGCUAGGCUACAGCGUCGAGGACAACGUGGCGCCGACGCUCGAUUGGCUACAGACGCGCCUCGGUCUGGACGAGGUGGGGCUGAGGAAAAUGGUUCUGAGGCUUCCACCACUGCUGGCCUUAAGCGUCGAGGACAACGUGGCGCCGACGCUCGAGUGGCUACAGACGCGUCUUGACCUGGACGAGGCGGAGCUGAGGAAGAUGGUUGUGGCGUGCCCGCCACUGAUGGGCUACAGCAUCGAGGACAACAUGGAGCCGACGCUCAAGUGGUUGCAGACACGUCUUGACCUAGACGCGGCGCAGCUACAGAAGGUGGUUCUGGGGCGCCCGUCACUGCUGAGCUGUAGUGUCGAGGACAACAUGGCACCGAAACUCGAGUGGUUGCAGACGCGCCUCGACCUGGACGACAUGCAGCUGAGGAAGAUGGUUCUGACGCUUCCGCCCCUGUUGUCUCUAAGCGUCGAGGACAACAUUGAGCCGAAGCUCGAUUGGCUGCAGAAGCGCCUCGGUCUGGACGACGCGGGACUGAGGAAGAUUGUUGUGACGCUUCCGGCCCUGUUUAAUUACAGCGCCGAGGACAACAUGGAGCCGAAGCUCGAGACUUCCUUGCGCGGGAGAUUGGCCUCUCGCGCGCCGAGCUACGCGAUUGGGUGGUGACGACUCCUUCCCUGCUGGGAAUGAGCCUGGCCAACCGCUACCGCCCGCGCCUCGAGGCGUGCCGCGCGGCAGGCGUCGACGCGAAGCGCGUCCUCUCCUACGCGACGCGUGCGGACGAAUUCUUCUGCGAAAUUACUGGUAUCGCGCCCGAGGCCCUCGUCGCGGCCCGAGAAAGUGUACUAAGUGUCACAGCGGCGGCGUCGCGCGCGCGGCCACCGGUCGCGGCGCCGCGGCGACGGGCGUUUAGCACUAGGGCUGAGACGACCGCUCGAAACGCGGUGGACGUGCGCGACCUGUUGCGGACGCGGCUCGCCUUGACCGAGGCGGAGGUAGAUAGGGUAGAGCGGUAUCAACCCGCGGGCGCCAGAGCGACCGUGGAGCCGAAGCUUGCGUGGUUUCAGGCGCACCUCAAGCUGGACGCGGCGCAACUGGGGAAGGUGGUGGUGAGGUUUCCGGCACUGCUGACGAAGCGCGUGGAGAGCAUGGAAUCGACUUACGACUGGUUGCAGACGCGCCUCGACCUGGACGAGGCGCACCUGAGGAAGAUGGUUCUGAGGCUUCCGCCGCUGUUGUAUCUAAGUGUCGAGGAGAACCUGGCGCCGACGCUGGAGUGGCUGCAGAGGCGGCUCGACUUGGACGACGCGGGGCUAAGGAAGGUGGUGCUAGGGCUACCGCCAGUGCUGGGCUACAGCGUCGAGGACAAUAUGGCGCCGAAGCUUGAAUGGCUGCAGACGCGCUUUGACCUGGACGACGCGGGACUGAGGAAGAUCGUUAUGACACGUCCGGCACUGCUGGGCUACAGCGUCGAGGACAAUAUGGCGCCGAAGCUCAACUGGCUGCGGACGCGCCUCGAGCUGGACGACGCUCAGCUGAGGAAGAUCGUUAUGACGCUUCCGGGACUGCUGGGCUACAGCGUCGAGGCCAACAUGGCACCAAAGCUCGCCUACCUUGAGCGGGAGAUCGGUCUCUCGCGCGCCGAGCUGCGCGACUGGGUCGUGAAAAAUCCAUCCAUUCUCGGAUUCAGCCUGGCCAACCGCUACCGCCCGCGCCUCGAGGCGUGUCGCGCCGCCGGCGUCGACGCGCGACGCGUCCUCUCGUACGCGUCGCAAACGGACGAGACCUUCUGCGAGCGGACCGGCAUCGCGCCCGAUGUACUAGUAAGUGUGUGAGUUUUGACAAAUUUACGCCAGGGAACUCAA